UUCCUUUGCAAUCCGCCAAUAAAAUCACGAAAGGGGGCUGCUUGCUCGUCUUUUUGCUUGUCAGUGAGCCUGCAGUUUGUUUUAGACAAAAUGUUGCCUAAAGAAGAAAAAUCUGCUGACUAAUUUGAGCUGUAUUAAUGCUUUAUUAUUGAUCAAGCCGGUGCGCGUUUCCAUAACAACUUACAACCAGGAGCGUUUGGAGUCUGCCCGAAAACAGAGAAACCAUAGCAGAUGUGGAUACCUAAAGAGGCCUGCCUUUGAUGAAUUGAGUAGCUUGCCGUUCUUGACUGACUGCACCACUCUCCAGGACAUGAUGGGCCCUAGGCGAAAAUCCACUAAGACAAGUGUGGUUGGAGGAACAAAUUGUACUUCUUUGCAAAAAGUGGAAUCAAAAGAUUACAUAAAUGAGCUUUCACAUGAGGUGCUCUGCCAUAUAUUCCGCUAUCUGCCUAUGCCAGACAUUAUGUGCAUGGAAUGUCUAUCACGAAAGCUACAAGAGGCAGUAAGUCUGUAUUUGCGGGUGGUGAAAAUGGUGGACCUGUGUGCCAGCCGGUGGUGGGAGUACAUGCCUUCAGGAUUUACAGACACAAAUUUCCUCACACUGCUGAAGAAGAUGCCUGAUUUGGAGCAGUUGUAUGGUUUGCACCCACGUUAUUUAGAGCGUAGGAGGGUCAGGGGAUAUGAAGCUUUCAGUAUUCCUGGUGUUUUGGAGGCUCUCCAGGCAUGUCCCAGUCUUUUGGGCGUGGAGACAUCUCAUUUGGAGCUGGUGGAAGCAAUAUGGAACUACAUGCCUCAGGUUCACAUCCUUGGAAAGUUCAGGAACCGCAAUGGAGCAUUUCCUAUUCCCCCAGAAAACAAACUUACAAUUCCAGCUGCAGCUAAAAUUCAGACCCUUCAUCUUGUUGGUGUCAAUGUCCCAGAAAUUCCUUGUGUGUCCAUGCUCAGACACUUGUAUCUGAAGUGGGUUCGUCUUACAAAACCUCAGCCAUUCAAGGAUUUUUUGUGUGUGAAUCUGCGUACAUUUGUCAUGAGGAACUGUGCUGGUCCCACCAACUCCUUGAAGUAUGUCCCACUGGUGACAGGGUUGGCCUCUGCACGCAACUUGGAGCAGCUAGAACUUGUAAGGGUUCCUUUCUUAGGAGGACUAAUACAACAUGUGGUGGAGGACAGCUGGAGGUCAGGAGGAUUUCGCAAUUUGCACACUAUUGUCUUUGGAGCCUGUAAGAAUGCUCUUGAAGUGGAUUUAGGCUACCUCAUCAUUACUGCUGCACAUGGAUUGCACGAAGUUCGAAUCCAGCCUUCCUUAACCAAAGAUGGGGUCUUCUCAGCGCUAAAAAUGGCAGAACUUGAGUUUCCACAAUUUGAAACUUUGCAUCUUGGAUAUGUUGAUGAGUUCCUAUUACAGUGUAAAUUGAGUCAUACUGAGUUGGUCAAAUAUGGCCUUGCUGAUGUAAUAGAAAACCCAGGAAUCAUCACUGAUGUUGGAAUGAAGGCUGUUAAUGAAGUGUUUCCCUCCAUCAAGUAUCUUGUCAUUUACAACUGCCCACAUCUUCAUAACCCACACAGCUGGAUCACAGAUCAUUCUCGCUGGAGCAGAUUGCUGGAUCUUACACUAGUGCGCUGUCAUGCCAUUAAGCUUGAGUCCUUUAGCCAGUGUAUUGAAAUGCUGCCCAAUCUGGAGUUCAUCUCCUUAGACCAGAUGUUCCGUGAGCCCCCAAAGGGUUGUGCCCGGGUUGGUCUGAGUGCAGGCACAGGUAUUGGUGUAUCCUCUGCUCUGGUCAGUAACCAGAAUCCUAACCAGAACAACAAUAACAAUCACCAGAACAAUAAUAAUGCCAAUAUUCAACCACAUAAUCGGGACAAUGCUGUUGACAUGGCACCACACAGAGUUGAGGAGAUCCAUGAUGUUGAGGGCUUAAUGGUGGAGAAUAUUGAGGUUGAGCCACAGGUAACAGAUGCCAGUCCAGAGAAGGAGUCUAAAGGGUCAUGUCAGGCACCAGAUCAAGAUGAAGAACAAGCAGGGCCCAGUGGCGUGCAACCUGCCAGUAAGAAAAUUCCAGUAGUUGUCUCUGACUCUGACAGUGAUGAUGAUGAAGCUUCAGACAAGUCCCAAGGUGCCUUUUGCUCCUCUCAACAUUACCCUAAGGCAGACAUGCAGGAGAAGAGGGAUGAUGCAAAAGAGCUAGCCACAAGAGACAAAGGGAAAACUCCAUUGCGCCGAUGGGGAGCGCAGUAUACCAGCUAUGAGAAAGGCUGCCAGGUGACCAGUGAGCAGAUCAAAGCAGACAUAAAAGCAGCCAAUGAAACAGCAGUGGAUGGUAGCCAAGACAGAAAUAAUGGGGCAUGUGUCUGCUCCGUUGACUGGAGUGUGGAAUCGGAUAAUCUCAGAAGGCCAAGAGAUGCAGGAGGAAGGGAUGAUGACAGUAGACUGAGGGCACAUUGCAAUUGUAGCAGGACUCACUUAGGCUCAGAGAGAAGUUCUCAUGCCACCUUCAAUCAGCCAGGAGGAGAGGAGAGCCGAUCAUCUCACCAUGUUCCCAAGCAGAGAGCUAAAGCAGAACCCAGCACAAUAGGGCACCAAGGUGGAGUGGUGUCUCAUACAACUUCCAGAGGCAUGUUUUCCAGUCGACCAAUGACCCGUGCUUGCAGUAGACUCUGUUCUGUCCCCCUAGCGCCUGACUCGGGGCUUUCCAAAGCUAUGCCACGGAUUGCAGUGCAAAGAAAACACACUGCAGACAAGUCAACCAGCACCAGUGACCCAGUCACUGAGGAUGACCAUGUACAGGUGCUCACAUUGAAAUCCAGAAAUCUAGUGGGAAUCACACUCUCAAACUGUGGCAUCACAGACCUGGUUGUGAAGGACUGCCCGAAAAUGAUGUUUGUCCAUGCCACUCGCUGUAGGGUGCUGAAGUACCUAAAGGUGCAGAAUACUCCCAUAGUGAACCGCUUUGAUUAUGCCCAGUGCAAGAAGCUGGAUAUAGAACAGAUCUUGGAUCAGGUGUUACGCAUACCUGCCGAAAGAAAUCGUAUCGUCUACUUGCGUCCUAUGAAAAAGAUUGACUCAUUGGCCCUGGAAAGAAAGUUGUUCAGUGGUCCCUACCCAUACCACAUCGCAAUUAUCCAUGAGUUCAGUAACCCCCCCAAUGUAAGGAACAAAGUGAGAGUUCGGAGCUGGAUGGACACUGUCUCUAACAUCAGUCAGGAACUAAUCAAGAAUGAAUUCUUCCCAGAGGCAAAAAGAACAGAAGCAGACAUAAAAAAAUAUCCUAACUACCCGUGGGGCCGAGACAUCUAUACCUUAGAUGGUGUAGUAGAUGGAGCACCCUACUCAAUGAUCUCUGAUUUCCCAUGGCUUCGUUCUCUGCGUGUAGCAGUACCCAACGGUUAUGCUCGUUGUGACUUUGAUGAUGAUGAAAGCACUACUAUCUAUGCUCCACGGCGCAAAGGACAGCUUUCAGCCGAUAUCUGCAUGGAGACCAUUGGUGAGGAGAUCUCAGAGCGUCGUCAGAUGCAGCUAGGUGUAUUCCAGCGGGUGGUUGUUAUUUUCAUCCAUUACUGUGACAUGCAUGGAGAACCUGUGGAUGAUGACUAUAUUUAAAGGAAAUUGUUCGAGGACUUGAUGAUAAAUGAAAAUCAGAACACACUUUUCUUACUCCUUUUCUGUUUGAACAAAUUUAUUAUUGGAAACCGUGUUCCCAAUGAUGCCUGUUGGAAAGUGUUGCUUUUAUUUUUAGAAAAGUUGUUGUGAUAUCAGAAAAUUAUAGCAGUGUGCCAUUCUUUCAAGAGAAAUCAGUAAAUGCUUCCCCAAGGCUGGUUCGUUCUACGUCCUCACAUGGUAAACAUCUCUAUAUAAUUUGUAUGUAGAGGUUGAGUGAAUUAGUUGCUCAUUUUGUAAAAUAAUUAUUGUGCUUGUCUGAAUUUCGGCACAUCGUGUAUAUCAAGUUGAUCUGUACUGAUAUUGUGGAGUAGUAGCUUUGGUAAAAAGAAAGAUUUACAAUAUUGAGAAAGUUUUACAAUGCUUGCAUUUACAAACUAAAAGUGCAUUGUUAAAAAUGACCUGUAUGUCUUUUUUUUACUAAGGGAUAAUUUUAAUAUAAUACCUAUAUUUUAGAUUUGUUCUUUGCAGCAUUUUUCUGCGUUGCUUUCAUUUGUUACAUGCAUUGUAAAUACGUCAUGUUUUUAGAGUGCCCCCCCCCCACGCUUUCACUGUACACAGUUACUAGAUAUUUUUUAUCAAAUUUUUCAAAAUCAUUUUUUAUUUACCUCUUUGUGUUUACAGAACUAAAAUGCUCUUCAUUUAACGAUUUGUAUGGAAGAUUAAAGCAUAACCCCCUCUCAAGAAAAAGUUUAAAGUCCUGCUGGCUUAUAACUGUUAUUAAAGACAAUUGAGGUCUCUAUUUAUUAAUUUAUUUUUAUUAUUGUACUAUUUGAUGUAUUUUUAUAUUUGGCUGAAGAUGAAAAUGUGCAGUAGUAAUAUGUGGAGGUAUUCAGAUUCUGUGGAUUUGACCUUGAAUGGAUAUAAUUGGCAUUUUUACCCAUCAUAAAUCAAAAACUGUAGUCUCUUAUUCACAAAAAUAUUCAACAAACCCUUCAAAAGCUCGAGAUGUGUCCAGAACUCAACUGGAGUCCACCUGUUGCAAUGUGAAUUGAUUGGACAUAGUAUGAAAAGGUACAUUUUGAGUGUCCGCAGGACCACAGUGGCCUCAAUUUUGAAAUGGAACAACCUUGAACCUUCCUAGUAUUGGCUAUCUGGCCACAUUUGGAAUCUGGGAAAGAAGGACCUUGGUCAGGGAGGUAAGAAAGAACCCAACAGUCAGUCUAAGAGAGUUCCAAAGGUCCUGUGCAUAUGUGGGAGAACUUUUUUGGAUGGACAACCAUAUUUGCAGCACGCCAUAAAUCAGGCCUUCAUGGCAGAGUGGCAAGAUGGAAGCUUUGUUGUGGAAAAGGCAUAUGACUGCAUAAGACCUCUAGCAACGUGUGGGAAAAGAUCCUCUGGUCUGAUGAGACAUAAUUUGAAGAGAACAGCAAGCACAAUGUCUGAAAAACAGGCGCUGCAAAUCAACUGGCUAAUACCAUCCCUAUGGUGAAACAUGGUGGUGGCAAUAUCAUGCUAUGGGCAGCUUCUCAGAGGCAGGGACGGGGAGACUGGUAACAAUUGUGGGACAGAUGAAGGCAGCCAAAUACAGGAACAUCCUUGAAGAAAACCUCCUCCAGAGUGCACACAAACUCAGACUGGGGCAACAGUUCACCUUUAAAUGCAGCAUACAGCCGAAACAACAUCAGAGUGGCUUCGGAGCAAAUCUCUGAAUGUCUGGAGUGGCCCAGACAUAAACCCAAUUGAACAUCUGAGGAGAGCCCUGAAGAUGGCAGCUCAUAGACGCUCGCCAUCCAAUCUGAUGGUGCUUGAGAUGUUCUGCUAUGAAAAAUGGGAUGGAUAAAUUGCCCAAAUCCAGAUGUGCAAAACUUAUAGAGACGUAUCCAAGAACACUUGUAGCUGUAAUUGUUGCCAAAGGGGCUGAAUACUUUUGUGAAUAAGAGAUUUCAGUUUUUGAUAUUGAAUUAAUUUGAAAAAAAUCUCUAAAAACAUGUAUUUUACUUCAUCAUAAUGGAUGAUUUAGUGUAGAUUGAUGGGUAAAAAUGGCAGUUAUAUCCAUUCAAAAUAAAAUCCACAACAGAAUGAAGUGUGCAACAAGAAAAGGGGUCUGAAUGCUUUCUGAAUCCAAUGUAUAUUAAAUUUAAAGACAAAACGCCA